AUGUCCGGCAUGUUCAAGAGUCCUUUUGGGGCAAACGCCAAUCCUUUCGGAGGACCUACCGAUCGACCUACGGCAGGAGGCAAUGCCAUCCACCGUGUAAUCGAAGAGGAGGAGAACGAUACUGUUACUUCUCCAACAUCACCAAACUUCGGUAUGAAUUCCGGUACGACUUUCAGCGGCCCGUUCGGCGGCGAUGCUGCGGACGACGCUCCGCCUUCGGCGCUGAGAAGUCCACCGAACCCCGAGAGCUAUCCUGCCCAGUACAAUUUCGGCCGCCGAACCUCGGUUUCUGCCGAGUCCCUCAAGCCUAGCGCCGACACAUAUGAUAAUUGGUCGCCCCCUCAUCAUGAGAAGACCAAAGAGCAGUUGGGCCGUUUGCAAACUGCCAUUGAGGGCAAUUUCUUGUUCUCCCACCUGGAUGAGGAGCAGAGCGGCCAGAUCCUUGGUGCGCUGAACGAAAAGCCCAUUCCGGCAAAGGAUAUCAAGGUUAUCAGCCAAGGUGAUGCGGGUGACUUCUUCUACGUAGUAGAGAAGGGCUCUUUCGAUGUAUACGUCAAUAGCAGUGGUGCCUUGCAGCCUGGUCCCGAAGGCAUGGGUCAGAAAGUCGGAACCAUCCAGGCUGGGGGCUCAUUUGGUGAGCUGGCUUUGAUGUACAAUGCUCCCCGAGCUGCGACUGUCAUUUCUGCCGAGUAUGGGUGUACCCUCUGGGCGCUCGAUCGCCUCACGUUCCGCCGCAUUCUCAUGGAGUCGACAUUCGCUCGGCGACGAAUGUAUGAGAGUUUCCUUGAGGAGGUGCCCUUGUUGCAAAGUCUCACACCAUACGAGCGAUCGAAGAUUGCCGACGCAUUGGAAACCCAAAAAUACACUCCUGGGGAAAUCAUUAUCAAGGAGGGGGAUCCUGGCCACGCAUUCUUCCUCCUGGAGAGUGGCGAGGCCGACGCCUACAAGGGCGACGUUAAGGAAUCUGUCAAGCACUACAGCAAGGGAGAUUUCUUUGGCGAGCUCGCACUUUUGAAUGAUGCCCCUCGCGCCGCUAGCAUUGCCGCGACGACGGAUGUCAAGGUUGCGAGCCUCGGCAAGAACGCGUUCCAGAGACUUCUUGGUCCCGUUGAAGGCAUCAUGAGACGAACGAAGUACGAAGGCGUCAAGACUGGUGUUGAGGAGAUGGACCCGCUUCAAGCGGCUUGA